GCACCGCUAUCCACCGGCGCAGUUAGGGGGAUAGGCGGGGAGAGGAAGGCCAUCGGUUGGUCGUCCCGGCGUGGAAAAGCGAGGAGGACCUCCGUCGUCUGGUACAUAAUGGAUGACACGCAAGCCAUCUCUAUGGAAAUCCCACGUGCUUCGCAGAGGAGCACAUCGUUGUGGAAAGGUCCAACGAGACUUGGAAGGGCUGCCCUGGUGCCACCGCUACGGUCAUCAUCAGAUCGGGGAUAAGGAGUGGGACAUCCCACCACCGGACUGCACCAGCCCGGGGAACAGCAACAGCACCAGCAACAGCGCGAUAGCAACAGCACCACCAGCUACAGCAACAGCAAUAACAACAGCAAGAACAACAGCGAUAACAACAGCAAUAGCAAUAGCACUACUAGCUAUAGCAGCAGCAACAGCGGUCUUUACAGGCCGAGCAGUUAACCACUUACCGGCCAAGCUGAGGUUGCAUUUGCGUGAGGUGACGACAGCCAGUCGCUCAUCACAGUACGGUGACUCCGUCUAGGAGAAUGCACAUUUGUGCUUGGUGUAUGCUUGUUAGCUGCUUGUUAGGUGUUUGUCGGCGUUCAAAUGCUAAGGAGAUACACAAGCGAGACACGGCACGAAAAUCGGGCAUUCGGGUCUGGACGGUCAACGCCCAGGAGCGGAGGAGACCGAUAUUAUCAUUUGCAACGCUGGGUGGGCCGCUACCGCGCGCUUCUUGAUGAUGAGA